CCCGAGGUCUGUGUUUUCCAGGUUUGGGAUGUACAUCCCCUUCCUCCAGCUGAACUGUGACUUUCGGAAGGCAGGGCUCUUCGCGCAGGUGGCCAACAUUGGCCCCAGGGACACAGGGGAGGUGACAGCCCGGGGCAGGGACUACCUGACAGUGCUCAAGGAGACGUGGAAGCAGCACACGAGGCAGAUGUACGGCAUGGAGGCCAUGCCCAGCCAUGCCUGCUGCCUCUCCCCAGACCUCAUCCGCAACGAGGUGGAAUUCCUGAAAAUGGAUUUCAACUGGCGCAUGAAGGAGGUGCUGGUGAGCUCCAUGCUCAGUGCCUACUACGUGGCCUUUGUGCCCGUGUGGUUUGUCAAGAACACUCAGUACUACGACAAACGCUGGUCCUGUGAGCUCUUCCUGCUGGUUUCCAUCAGCACCUCGGUGAUCCUCAUGCAGUACCUGCUCCCUGCACGAUACUGUGACCUGCUCCACAAAGCUGCAGCACACCUUGGCUGCUGGCAGAAGGUGGAUCCGGCCCUCUGCUCCAACGUGCUGCAACACCAGUGGACUGAGGAGUGCAUGUGGCCUCAGGGGGUGCUGGUGAAGCACAGCAAGAACGUCUACAAGGCCGUGGGUCACUACAACGUGGCCGUGCCCUCGGACGUCUCGCACUUCAGGUUCCACUUCUUUUUCAGCAAACCACUGCGAAUCCUCAACAUCUUGAUCCUGCUGGAAGGAGCUGUCAUCUUCUACCAGCUCUACUCGCUGAUUUCCUCGGAGAAGUGGCACCAGACGAUCUCACUGGCUCUGAUCCUCUUCAGCAAUUACUACGCCUUCUUCAAACUGCUGCGGGACCGGCUGGUGCUGGGCAAAGCCUACUCCUAUGCUGCCAGCAGGGACUCAGAGCAAAAGUUAAAUUAAAACAAUUGCACUGAUGCUCUCAGCGUAUUACAGAACAAACAAAAACAAGAAACCCUCAGAGCUUUGUAUUUUUGUUACCACUGCUUUUUUUUUGUUGUCGUUUUCUUUGAUAACUGAUGUAAUUAAAAGGAAAAAAAAAAAACAAAAACAUAUUUUUUUACUCCCAACAA